AUGGCGGCCGAGCGGGCUCCGCCGCUGCGGGCCCCGGCUCCACCGGCUCCCCCCUCCUCCGCCGCCUCCGCCGCUACCGAACCCCCGGCACGAACCGGGCUGAGCCUGCCGGGCAUCCUGCACUUCAUCCAGCACGAGUGGGCGCGGUUCGAGGCGGAGAAAGGGCGCUGGGAAGCGGAGAGGGCCGAGCUGCAGGCGCAGGUGGCGUUCCUGCAGGGCGAGCGCAAGGGGCAGGAGAACCUGAAGCUGGACCUGGUGCGGAGGAUCCGGAUGUUGGAAUUCGCCCUCAAACAGGAGAGGUCCAAGUAUCACAAGCUGAAGUUUGGGACGGAGGUGCCGGGGGAGAAGCGGCCGGAGGAGCCGGUAUCCAACGGCCCCGUGGAGCUCGAGGGAGCCUGGAAGGAGGGGAGGCAGCUCCUGCGCCAGUACCUGGAGGAGGUCGGGUACAGCGACACCAUCCUGGACAUGAGAUCCCGGCGCGUCCGUUCCCUGCUGGGCCGGAACCCCCCGGGAAUUCCGGGAAUUCCGGGAAUUUCGGGAAUUCCGGGAAUUCCGGCGGCUCCCCCCAGCCCCGGGAGCCCCCCUUCCCCUCCCCCGCCCACGGAGUCGCUGCUGCUCCGGAGAAUCGAGGAGCAAAUCCAGAGGAAUGCCGGGAAGGAGCCGGAUCCGGGGCUGAGCCCCUCCCCCCCUGAGGAAGACAGCGAUGAGGAAGAGGAGCCCGAGGGCCCCUCCCCCACCCCAGGACCCCCCCAAAUCCACAGGAGGGGAAAGCCCGAGGAGGAGGAGGAGGAAGAUGAGGACGAGGACGAGGAAGACUCCGAGGACGCCCUGGGGGAGUUCGACUUCCUGGGGACACCUGGGGACACCUUGGGGACACCUGGGGACAUCAGAGAGAGCCACCGGUGCCACCUGCGGGACGGGGACCUCGGGCCACCGCGGCCACCUGAAGUGUCCCCAGGGCUCCCGGCCGAGGCGCUGGCCCUGGACGGCCUCGGGGACCUGGCGGAGCUGACGGUGACAAACGACAACGACGGCGGUGACGUGUCGUGUGGCCGGCCGCUGUCCCCGAAGCGCAGCUGGAGCCCGCGCCUGACGCUGCGCAGUCACUACGACGCCGUGCGGGCGCUGGCCUUUGUCCCUUGUCACCCGGCGCUGGUGACAGCCUCCGAGGACGCCACGCUGAAGCUCUGGAACCUUCAGAAGCCGCUGGUCCCCAAGAGGAGCGCGGCGCUGGACGUGGAGCCGGUGUACGCCUUCCGUGGGCACAGGAGCGCGGCGCUGGACGUGGAGCCGGUGUACGCCUUCCGUGGGCACAGGGGCGCGGUGCUGGCGGUGGCGGUGGCAGCAGGUGGCGGUGCCGGUGACAGCGCAGGUGACACCGGUGACGGCGCAGGUGACACAGGUGACACAGGUGACAUCGGGCUGUGCUGCAGCGCCGGCCUGGACGCUCGGAUCCGCUGCUGGCGGCUGCCGGCGCUGGACAGCGACCCUUACGAUGGCUACGACCCGGGGGUGCUGCGGGGGGUCCUGGAGGGUCACGAGGACGCCGUGUGGGGCCUGGCCUUCGAUGUCACCGGGCGUCACCUGGCCUCGUGCUCGGCCGAUGGCACCGUGCGCCUCUGGGACCCCCGAGGGGACGGCAGCGGUGGUGGCACCUGCCUGAGCGUCCUGGACGGGCACAAAGAUCACGGUGUCCCCACCUCGGUGGCGUUCGUGGCCACCCAGCCGGCCCACCUGGUGGCCGGGUUCCGCUCAGGUGCCACCGUCCUCUACGACCUCGAGGCCACCAAGGCCACCCUGGUGUCCCCAAACGGCGGUGGCAGUGGCCAGGUGAACCAGGUGGUCGCCCACCCCUGGCAGCCGCUGACCAUCACGGCCAGCGAUGACCGCGCCAUCCGUUACCUGGACAACCGCACCGGUAAGGUUGUGCACUCGAUGGUCGCACACCUGGACGCCGUCACCUGCCUGGCCCUGGACCCCAGCGGCGCCUUCCUGCUGUCCGGCAGUCACGACUGUUCCCUGCGGCUGUGGCACCUGUGUGAGCGCACCUGUGUGCAGGAGUUGCCGGCUCACCGCCGGAAGCACCACGAGGCCGUUCUGGCCGUGGCCUUUCACCCCCGGCGUCCCCUGAGCGCCAGCGCCGGCGCCGACGGGCUGGCCAAGGUGUUCGUGUGACACCUGGGCACACCUGGACACACCUGGGCACACCUGGAGCUCACCUGGGGACACCUGGGAACA